AUGGGAUGUGGUGCUUCUGUCGUCCAAGUUCAUGAUGAUGCGAAGAUUGUACCUCAAACACUUGUUCACACAACUGCAUCAACUCCUUCAAAAGGUGUACGAUCACCUCUUACAAAAGAUCAAAUUAAUUCUCGUAUAGUUUGCUCGCCAAAAACUAUCAAGACGAAAGUAACGUCAAAGCUCAAUAUACAAUACGCUUUUGUAUCGCAACGUGGUUAUUAUCCUGAUGCUUUGGAUAAACCAAAUCAAGACUGUUGUACGAUCGUUCCAGCUUUUAUGGGAGACACUUCUAAAAUGUACUUUGGAGUGUUUGAUGGACAUGGUACAACGGGUGAUUUGUGUGCAUCGUUUGUACGCAACGAAUGUCCGGAUAGACUCGUUCGAAUUCUUGAACAGAAAACUUGUUCAUUUCUUGAUGCAUUUUCAAAGUCUUUUGAAGAAACAAAUGCUCGUUUACAUGCAUCACGUAUUGAUGAUAGUUUGAGUGGAACAACUGCUAUUUGUAUGUUUUUAGACGGUGAAACAAUUCAUAUUGCAAAUGUUGGGGACUCUCGAGCAAUUAUUGGGACAAUGAAUGACGGAACUUUACUUGCACAACCUUUAUCUGUUGAUCAAACUCCUUAUCGAACAGAUGAACGUGAACGUGUAAAGAAAUUUGGAGCUCGUGUGCUUACAAUGGAUCAGCUAGAAGGAAUUGCUCCUAUACAUGAUAAUUGGGCUGCCAAUUUAAACGAUCAAGUAGAUGAAGAUGGCGAUCCACCGCGAAUUUGGUCUCCUUUUGGUGCUUUUCCUGGUACAGCUUUUACACGUAGCAUUGGUGAUGAAAUUGCAGAAACACUUGGAGUGAUUGGAAUUCCUGAAAUUACGUCACUACAGAUUACAACGGAUGAUCGAUUUCUUGUGAUUGCUAGUGAUGGUGUAUUUGAAUUUUUAACAAGUCAAGCAGUUGUAGAUAUGGUAGCACAAUAUGAAGAUCCUUUGGAAGCUUGUCACAAGAUAGUUGCAGAGUCUUAUCGUUUAUGGUUAACGUAUGAAUUACGUACGGAUGAUAUUACUAUCAUUUGUGUUUAUUUGAAUCUUAAUGAAGAGGUCACGACAGCUGAAACAUUACUUGAACGAAAGACUUUAAGCUUUAAACGAAUUCCACGACAAAGCAGUCAAGAAGAAAUUGCACAACAACUUCGUCCUGUACGUCGUGGAAUGUCGAAAGAAAAACGUCGGGCACAGAUGCGAAAGGAUAUGGCUGAGCUUGUUAAAGAUGAAGACUUAGCAUAUCGUGUGAGUGACCACGCGAUACCAAAGUCAUCAAGUGAGAUGCGUUUACUUGAAGCCUUAACAAGAAAUAAUUGGUUGUUUCGACAGCUUACACAAGCUCAGAAAGAUGAUAUUUUUGCAGUCAUGGAACGCAUUCUUGUUCGGGAAGGAGAUUUAGUGAUACGACAAGGUGAUGUUGGUGACAAAUUUUAUAUCGUUGAAUGUGGAGACUAUCAAGUUAGUGUACGUGGAGAGGAUGGAGGUCUGGAAAGUAUUGUACACACAUACACUCAACCCAGUGUGACUCCCGAUCAAUACGACAAUUUACAACCAGCGUCAUUUGGUGAACUUGCAUUAAUGCAUAAUAGUCCACGAUCUUCUUCUGUUAAAGCAUUAUCAGAAGGUGUUCUUUGGGCUAUUGAUUGUCGUGCAUUUCGACGCGUUUUUAUGAAAGCACCAACGUCUGUACUCGUUCAAACGCUUAAACGAGUUGAUGUACUUAAAUCACUUACAAAAGCUCAGCUUGAACGCUUGGCGAACAAUCUUACUGAAGUUGUGUAUCAAGACGGUGACUAUAUUAUUAAUCAAGGUGAUGUUGGUCAUACAUUUUACGUAAUUCAAGAAGGAGCUGUGACGUGCACAAUAUGGGAAGAACCUGCUACUAAUCCAAAAGUUGCUCGAGAAGUCUUGCGUUUAAAAAAGAAUCAAUACUUUGGUGAACGUGCACUUUUAAAUGAUGCACCACGAGCUGCAAAUGUCAUUUCUGUAGGUCGAACAAAGUUAUUGCAAGUUGAAAGACGUGAGUUUGAAGAAGUUCUUGGAUCGUUGCAAGAAAUGAUUGAAACGUAUCGUUUACAACGUGAAGCUCGACAUAAUUUUGAGACUGCUGUAAAGAAUUUAAUUUUUAGUCCAGUGGUCCAUUUGUCACGACGUUCUACGGUUGUUGGAAUUCUUCAAUUGCAAGAUCUUCGCUUUUGUUAUGUUGUUCAAACCACUGACUUUGGCUUUUUAGCAUUAUAUCAAAGUAUUCACGAUAUCAAACGUUUCUAUACUCUUCACGUCUUUUCCUUUCAACAAAUUGCACUUGAUCGUCGUGGUGAUGAAGCUGCACGAUAUGUCAUUAGUCAUAAAAAUUUACGUCUUAAGACACCGUUGCUUCCUGAAAUGGUAGCAACUUGGCGCGAUGAAUGUGCUUUAUACUUGUCUUUUGAUACUGUGAUGAUUACAGACUUGGCUACGAUGCUUAGUGAUGAACCAACUGGUCGGUUUACAAAUGAAGCAACGGUGCGUUGUUUUGCAGCACAGAUUUUGUUGAUACUUGAGUAUAUGCAUCAAGGUGAUUACGCUUAUCGCAAUCUUAGUAGUGAAACGAUUGGUAUUGAUAUACAUGGUUAUCUUUUACUCCAUGACUUUCGACAUAUGAAACGAUUGCCAGAUGAGAUUCGAACGUAUACCAUCUGUGGAACACCGGAAUAUAUGGCACCAGAGAUGAUCUCAGCACGUGGUCACACUUGUACUGUCGAUUUUUGGUCGCUUGGAAUCCUGAUUUACGAAAUGUUAUGCGGUCGUACACCGUUUUCGGUUGAAACAAAGAAAGAAAAUGCUUUUAUGAAAGUAGUGGACACAAAUUCGGACUCUGAUAGACAUUCUACACUACGACUUACAAAUGAAAAAGAUGUGACAAUGGCUAUCUAUUCCAAGAUCUCACGACAUCGAAAAGGAUUGGUCACUUUUCCAUGUGAUAAUUUAUCACUUGAAGCGUGUGACCUCAUUCAGCAGCUUCUUGAUCCAUUUCCAGACGAUCGUUUAGGUGGACAAGGUCUUGUUGAUCUUGUUCAUGGAGGAUCUAUCAUUCGUGCUCAUCCAUGGUUUCAAGAUAUUGAUUGGGUUGUCUUAGCAUCAAAGACCGUUGAUCAAGAACAUGCUCAAGCAUUGUCAAAGUUCAUGUACGAUCAAGUAGAUUCAAAUGGGAAUAUGGAAAUGCCAUUCUUUGAAUCUUUAGCUUGGAGUCAUGAAGAUCUCGAAUGGCUCGAAAGAUUUUAA